AUGGAUGAUUCAGUCCAGCCAAACCCCUCCAUGCCUCCUAUACUAGUAGGGUCCACGCAAGCUUCGUGCCAACUAUUCCUCUUUGGGGAUCUAACCACAUCUUUCGAGCAAGACCUUCGUCGACUUCUUCAUGUCAAAGAUAAUGCUACCUUACAUUCCUUCUUCGAGAAAGUCAGUGCUGCCUUUCGUACGGAAUUUGGGAAACUCCCUGCUCGUCAGCAAGCCUUGCUUCCUCGCUUUACCACCAUUACCGAUCUUCUUGCAAAUUUGGGUGAGACAGAAGGAAAGCCAGCCUUGAGUUUCGCUCUCCACUGUCUCUGUGAGAUUGGUCAAUUCAUUAGAUAUUUUGGAGAAGGAUCCAGACCUUAUCCUAGCGAUGCCAACACCUAUCUUGUGGCACUGUGCACUGGCUCGUUUGCUGCCGCUGCAAUCAGUACCUCUCGAACACUUUCAGAGUUGAUUCCCGCAGGAAUCGAAGCCGUUCUUGCAGCCUUCAGGACCGGUCUGUGCUCGCUGGAGCUUCGAAAUGAUAUAGAGCGGCCGAGCAGUCGAAUACCUCGAUCUUGGUCCGCGAUUGUGAGUGCUUCAGAAGCACAGGCCGCUGAACUUCUGCAGAGUUUCAACUCAAAAAACACUCUAUCUGGAAGCUCCAGGCUUUUUCUAAGCGCCGUUUCGCCAAACAGUAUAACAAUCAGUGGGCCUCCAAGCAUUCUACACAACUUUCUGGCUUCAGUUUCUUUGAACUCGUAUUGCCUACCGAACGAGUCGCCGUUCCAUGCUCCUUCCCUGUUUGGGUCUUAUGAGGUUAAUGAGAUAAUUAGCUACUUCCCUGAUGAAUUGCUUGGUUCAUACAAGCCGCGAAUUCCUCUGUUAUCUGCUGCUUCCGGCAAACCUAUCGUCGCUGAGGACUUCAAGACCCUGCUGCAUACGGUUGUGUCAGACACUCUGUGCGAGCAGGUUCGAUGGGACAACAUCCUCCGGUCGCUCGUGGAAGAUGUCUUCCAGCAGAAGUCCUUCAAAGAAUGCACAAUAUCACCCGUAUUGUCUAAUGCUGCUCACCUCCUCUCUUCAGCAAUAACGCGCGCCACAAAAAUCAAUGUCACAACGACCAAUUUGUUGAAUCUCGGCGUCUCGGACUCCCAGCCUGCCAGGCCUACUGGUAAAUUCGAGCAGUCAAAGAUAGCCAUCACUGGGUUUUCAGGUCGUUUCCCGGAAGCUGCAUCGAAUGAGGAAUUUUGGGAGCUGCUAAGUGCAGGACGAGACGUCCAUCGCACAAUUCCUGAAGAUCGCUUCAACUGGAAAACUCACUUCGAUGCAGCAGGUAAGGUAAAGAACACAAGCAGGGUUCAGUAUGGAUGCUUCAUCAAUGAGCCAGGAUUAUUUGAUGCUCGAUUUUUCAACAUGUCCCCCAGAGAAUCUCAAAACACAGAUCCAGCUCAGAGGUUAGCCAUCACGACAACAUACGAGGCUAUAGAAAUGGCAGGAUUGGUCCCUAACAGGACACCUUCCACACAACAAGACCGCAUUGGUGUCUUUUUUGGGGUGACUAGUGAUGAUUGGCGAGAGGUCAAUAGCGGCCAAAACAUCGACACAUAUUUUAUCCCUGGCGGAAACCGUGCAUUUGUCCCCGGACGCAUAAGCUACUUCUUUAGAUUUUCUGGUCCAAGCCUGAGUAUCGAUACAGCAUGUUCCUCAAGCUUCGCUGCAAUCCAAACGGCGUGUAACUAUUUAUGGAGAGGAGAAUGUGAUACUGCAGUUGCCGGAGGAACCAAUGUACUCACCAAUCCUGACAACUUUGCUGGCCUUGAUCGUGGACACUUCCUAUCGACCACAGGAAACUGUAAUGCCUUUGAUGACGGUGCUAGCGGCUACUGCAGAGCAGACGCCGUGGGGUCCGUCAUUCUCAAGAGGCUCGAAGAUGCGCAAGCGGACAACGAUCCAAUCUUUGGGGUCAUCGAUGGAGCUUUUACAAAUCAUUGUGGUCAAACAGAAUCCAUCACAAGACCUCACGAGGGCGACCAAGCUUCCGUCUUUAACCGGAUCAUGAGGAAUUCCAACGUCAAUCCACUGGAUGUUAGCUACAUAGAAAUGCAUGGAACUGGAACCCAAGCAGGAGAUGCUACUGAGAUGAAUUCAGUUCUAUCAGUUUUCGUGCCUGGUCGCGAGCGAAUGCCACACCACCCGCUAUAUCUUGGGUCCGCGAAAGCCAACGUUGGUCACGCAGAGGCAGCCAGUGGUGUUUCUGCUUUGAUCAAGGUCCUGAUGAUGAUGAAGAACAACCAGAUACCACCGCAUUGCGGAAUCAAAACUAAGAUCAACCGUAACUAUCCUCUUGAUCUCAAAGAGCGCAAUGUCAACAUUGCGUUGAAAACUGUCCCUUGGCAUCGAACUGAUUGCGUCGGUGGGAAGCGCACAUGUUUUCUGAACAAUUUCAGCGCCGCUGGAGGUAACACAGCCGUGCUCCUAGAAGACGCUCCGUUACCUCAAUCAGAAAACACAGCAAUAGAGACUCGCUCAGUACAUCCCGUCAUAGUGACUGCAAAGAGUGUACAGUCUCUGAAACAAAAUAUCGAGUCCUUGAUCACCUUUCUUGAGAAGAACCCGAGCACCUCGCUUCCAUCAUUAUCAUACACUACUACGGCACGACGAAUUCACCACAAUUACCGCACCAUCUGCUCAGGGUCAGACAUCGAAUCCAUUCGGGACGCUCUCAGGCAGAAAGCCAGCAGUUCCGACAUCAAGCCUAUUCCAAAUGUAACCAAGCUUCCGAAGGUGGCCUUCGUCUUCACAGGUCAAGGCUGUCUGUAUGCAGGUGUUGGCAAACAGCUAUUCGAGACGGUCUCGCAUUUCAGAGCUGAUAUUCUUCGGUUCGACAACAUAGCUCAGCGGCAAGGUUUCCCAAGCUUUUUGCCUGUGGUCGAUGGUAGCGUCGCCAAUGUUGGUGAGCUAGAGCCAGUGGUUUCCCAUUUGGCAGUGACAUGCGUGCAAAUGGCGCUUUCUCGCCUCUGGAUCUCUUGGGGUGUGGUUCCGAGUUUGACAACUGGCCACAGCCUGGGAGAAUACGCCGCCCUCUAUGCGGCUGGGGUCGUGACAGCCAGCGACGCCAUUCACCUUGUUGGUACCAGAGCACAGUUGCUAUCGAAGCAUUGCAAUAAAGGAACACAUACUAUGCUGGCCAUCAAAGCAUCUCUCGACUCCAUCAAACCCCGUCUAAGCGCCUCCGUCUGCGAAGUCGCUUGUUUCAACCAGCCUGCCAGCAAUGUGAUCAGCGGACCCAGCGAAGAAAUCAGCCGCUUAAUGAGGGAAUAUCAAUCAGACGGUUUCGAAUGUAUCGAGCUAGACAUACCGUUCGCUUUUCAUUCAGCACAAGUUGAGCCUAUCUUGGAGCUAUUCGAGAGGGCAGCCAACGGCGUCCAGUUCCAUGCCCCUUCAAUUCCCUACAUGUCGCCUUUGCUGGGCCGCAUUAUCUCAGAUGGUGAUGUGUUAGGACCAUCAUACCUUGCUCGAGCAUGCCGCAAUGCAGUAAACUUCCAAGGUGCUCUUCAGGCUGCGAAAGCUUCAUCUGUUGUCAACGAGAAGUCAGUCUGGUUGGAAAUUGGAUCGCAUCCAGCUUGUUCUGGCAUGAUCAAGGGAACGCUGGGCACACAUGCCUUGACAAUACCGUCUCUUAAAAAAGCUACAGACACGUGGAAAGUGCUAGCCAGCGGGCUCGAAUCACUUUAUCUCAGCGGCAUUGAGAUCGAUUGGAAUGAAUAUCACCGAGACUUUGAGAGCUCGCAUAAGGUUCUAGAGCUUCCAAGGUACUGUUGGGAUUUGAAGAAUUAUUGGAUCCAGUACAGGAAUGACUUCUGCCUCACCAAAGGGGACGAUCCACCACCACAAAAAGAAAUUGGUGCUGCUCCUGCUGUUGAGCAGAAGCCUGUGCCUCUCUAUAUUUCACCCUCUGUUCAACGUAUUCUUGAGGAGCACAAUGCAGCUGAUGUGUCAACUCUUCUCGCCGAAUCAGACAUACACGAUCCGCGACUUGCUCCCAUCUUCCAAGGCCACAACGUGAAUGGUACAGCUCUAUGUCCUUCAUCUCUGUAUGCCGACAUCGCCCUGACGGUCGUUGAUUACAUGCUGAAGACAAACGAUAUGCAAAAUGAUACUACUGGCCUUGACGUGGGCGACGUGAAGGUCGACAAAUCGCUUAUAGCUGAUUCUAACGCUGUGACACAACUACUUCGUAUUUCGGCGUCCGCAAAUUGGUCAACCAAAGUCGUUUCACUUGCCCUCUACAGCAUUAACGCACAGGGCAGAAAGUUAGCCGAUCACGCGAAAUGCCAGGUCCGGAUCACUGAAAAGCAGUCAUGGUUUCAAGAGUGGAAGCGCAGCUCGUAUCUCAUCAAGAGCAGAGUCACAUCACUUUACAAAGGAGUCGAUGGAGGCGAUUCGCACCAGAUCAAGCGUGGCAUGGUCUACAAGCUGUUCUCUUCCAUUGUGGACUAUGAUGCAAGAUAUCAAGCCAUGCAAGAGGUCGUACUCGAUAGCAACGAGCUCGAAGCUACCGCACAGGUGUCAUUCCAGGUUGAUGAUGAAGGAUUCAACUUCAACCCUUGUUGGAUUGACGGCCUUGGGCAUAUCGCUGGGUUCAUCAUGAAUGGAAAUGACAAUGUUCACUCGAAGGACCAGGUGUUUAUCAAUCAUGGCUGGGAUACCAUGCGAUGCGCGACGAAGUUCAGGAAGGGCAAGACUUACCGAAGCUACAACAAAAUGCAGCUUGUGAGUGGAUCAUUAUACGCGGGCGAUACGUAUAUUCUUGAGGACGACAACGUUGUUGCUGUCAUUGAAGGUGUCAAGUUCGCUGGAAUACCGCGCCAAGUCCUGAACCAGGUAUUGCCUCCAAAGUCUGGAGCAGCAGGACCCGCAGUGACUAAAUCGCGUUCUUCAACGCAAUCAAAACCGGUGCCGAUGGCCACAGCCAAUCCGCUUCCAAAAUCAACUCGCACAGCCACGGCUACUCCGCUCCCCAAACAAGCAAUAUCACCACCAAACUCCAAUACAAAGCAUACCAAAGCGUCACCGACGAAUAGCAUUGUGCCCCUAGUAUUGGCAAUCAUUGCAGAGGAGGCUGGCCUCGACGCGGCCGAGCUUGGACCAAGCAGCGAAUUUGCCGAUUAUGGCAUUGACUCAUUGUUGUCCCUCACCAUAACUGGGAGAAUACAAGAAGAGCUCGGACUCGAUCUACCCUCUUCACUCUUUGUGGACCAGCCUACUGUGAAGGAAUUUACAGUGUUCCUUGAUAGUAGCAACAACAGGCCCUUGUUGUCAAGUCCUUCCGGCAACUCGACGCCAGUCUCAAAUCCAGAGCAAGAAACCCUUUCGGAAGCUACGCCGGAAGACUACGAAACAGACGCAACAUCAGUUACAGACGGCCAAAGCGUGAUGGAAAUCAUCCGCGCCACGAUCGCUGCAGAGACUGGUGUCUCUCUUGAGGACUUGACACCUUCGACGAGUUUCUCAGAGCUUGGUGUAGAUUCUCUGCUAGCGCUCACGAUCAUGGGAAAGCUUGGUGAAGUCUUAGAAACGGAUCUUCCGCAAACACUUCUUGCCGAUAACGACAAUCUGUCCGAGAUCGAAAAGGCAUUGAGCCUGAAGCUGAAGGGACCAGACCUCAACCGAAAUCCUGUGGCUACUUCUCCAAGAGCGGACCCGUUCGACCCCGAGAUGCCUCCUCACGCCACAUCAGUCAAGCUCCAAGGGAAUCCCAAGAAUGCCACAAAGACAAUAUUCCUCUUUCCAGAUGGUUCUGGAUCAGCUACCUCGUACGCUUCAAUUCCUAAACUCUCGCCCGAGAUCGUGGUGUAUGGCUUGAACUGUCCCUGGAUGAAGACACCACAGGAUAUGAAAUGCUCCUUGGAACACCUGACAAGCAAAUAUAUUAUCGAGAUCCGCCGUCGGCAGCCAAAAGGCCCUUAUUACUUUGGUGGUUGGUCGGCGGGAGGAAUAUGCGCAUUUGAAGCUGCGCAACAGCUGGCCAGCCAGGGUGAAGAGACUAGACGACUGAUAUUGAUUGAUUCACCAAAUCCAGUCGGCUUGGAGAAUCCGCCUCAGCGCAUGUACGACUUCUUUGAAAGCUUGGACUUUUUCGGCAUGAAUGGCAAGGCGGCUCCAAGCUGGCUACGGCCCCAUUUCAAUGCCUUCAUCAGCACGCUGGAUCAUUACAAGGUGAAACCUUUUUCAGGUCCACGGCUUGAGACUCACCUAAUCUACGCUCGUGAUGGAAUUUGCAAACAUCCCAGUGAUCCUCGACCGGAGAUUCGCCCCGAUGAUCCUCGGGAGAUGCUCUGGCUUCUCAACAAUCGCACUGAUUUCAGUGGCAGGGGCUGGGAUGACUUGGUUGGGAAGGAGAACCUGAAGAUCCAAGUGUUGGACGAGGUCAAUCAUUUUUCGAUGGUGGCGCCUGGUCCGAAAAUUCAAGAGCUCGGUGCUUUCAUCGCACGUGCAAUGGAGUGA